AUGCGCCGUCAGUUUGGUGAACAUUUGGUGAUCGUCGUCAUGUUCUUUGUUGCUUCAACAGGAUUUCCAGUUUGGCAGGACACUACCAGCCAAGAGGAACGAUGGAGCGUCCAAGAACAGAGUGCAAACUUUGCUAUUAACAAAGCAGACAUCACCAAGGAAUUCAACAACGGAGUGUGGAAGAGCCACGUGGUGAGCAGUGACCUCUACUCGCAGGACGCGCAGGACGCGCAGGACCCCAUGAUGGUGGAAAUGAGGCACAAGCUGAGCCAGGAGUCUGAACGCCUGCGUGCCCGUCUGAGGAAGGAGCUGAUGGAGCUCAGACAGAGGCUCUCUCCAUACCCCAGCCAUCCACAGCUGGCCCCGGCCAACAUACGCCAGCUCCUGACCCCCCUAACCCAGCAUCUCAGCAGGGCUCUGGACUCCCACGCCCAGGAGCUCUGUGUCCAGCUGGGCCGAAGCCUCCAGGGUCUCCGGCCUGAUGGUCAUUCACGUUCCCAGGAGGUCCUGGAGGAGGUUGGCCGUGCUCUGGACGAGAGCCAUCGGAGGAGGACCGCCGCCUUCGAGAACUUUAAAACGAAGGCCUUCGAGGCGGUUGAAGAGGAGCACGACAGCAGCAGGAAGGAGCUGUGGGAGGAGGUGACGGCCAGACUUGGCCAGGAGAUCUGCUCCUUCAGUUUAGAGGUACAGGGCAAGGUGGCGGCACUGAAGGUCUCGCUGGCAGGGCUCCUGACCGCAGCAAAGCCUGCAGGAGCUGCAGCAGUCUCCAGGGUGGACCUCUUCUGCCAGAGCUCCUCGGCACAGAACCAGAAGUUCAUCGCUAAUUUAGAGCAGCAAAUAGCCAAGCUUGAAGAAGAGCAGAGGAAAGGGGAGACAGCGAGGUACAUCAGCAUAGAAUCCAUUCAGGAGGACUUCUCCACCAGACUCAGCGCACUACUGCAGGACAUCAGACACACUCUGAACUAGAGCACUACCUCGCCACACGUCCAGG